AUGGAGGAUUCUGGGGACAGCAGCAGCAAGAAGAGCAAUACGGUGAAGGCUUUUCCAGCUUUGGUGGACAGCAACAACAGCAACAAGACGGCUUUGGAGGCUUUGGAGGUCAAGAGCAGCAACAGCAACAGGCCGGUUUCGGAGGCUUUAGAGAUGGCUUUGGCCAAGAGCAACAGCAGCAACAAGAAUUUGGUGGCUUUGCACAAAACUCUAGCCAUUUGGGACAUUGUUACGGGUCAACGGCAGCGACGCUUUAAGGGUCACGGGAACUUUGUGAACAGUGUUCAGGGAUCGCGACGAGGCCAACAGCUGCUGUGCCCAGGCAGUGAUGAUCGGACCAUAAAGUUCUGGGAUGCGAGGAAGAAACACGCCGUCCAUACCCUGGAGUCUCCCUUCCAGGUGACUGCAGUUUGUUUUGGUGACACCGGAGAACAAGUAAUCACCGGAGGCAUCGAUAAUGAACUGAAAAUUUGGGAUAUUCGAAAGCAGGCGAUUCUGCAUACUUUGAGAGGACAUGCAGAUACUGUUACCGGCAUGGCGCUGUCGCCGGAAGGUGAUUUCGUCCUUACCAAUGCUAUGGACAACACGCUGAGAGUGUGGGACGUGAGGCCCUAUGCUCCAGGCGAGCGGUGUGUAAAGGUAUUCCAGGGCCAUCAGCACAACUUUGAGAAGAAUCUGCUUCGCUGCGCUUGGUCACCGGGAAGCGACAAAAUAUCCUGCGGUUCGGCCGAUCGGCAUGUCUACAUUUGGGAUGUCAACACGAGGCGCAUUCUAUACAAGCUGCCAGGACAUAAUGGCAGUGUAAACGAUGUGGAUUUCAGUCCGAAAGAACCUUUAAUUUUGUCUGGAUCCAGCGAUAAAACCUUGUAUCUGGGCGAGAUUGAGGACUGA